ACCAGGGAACUUUUCUCCUCUACUGUUACCAUCGUUUGUCGUACCCUGCCUUCCUUGUGGCCUUCUGUUUAUCUGUAUGUCAGUCGGUUGGCCGUUCGUCAGGCCGUUUCCCUUUCUCUUUUGUGUCUAUGGCUGGCGUUUGGUGGCCCAGCCGGAUGCGCGUCGCGUGACGUAUGCUUUAGACUAUGGUAAUUGCAUGGAUGUGUGCUUUAGGUGCGUGUAUCUGUAGUGGCUCGACCAUUGUCGUUGUCCAUACGCUGAGCAGUACGGAGUAUAUGUAUAUGGACAGAGGGUUGGUUCACUUAGUUUUCGCUUUUUAACUCUGCUUGGCUGUACUGAAGUUAUGCCGUUUUGUGGUAUUAGUGGUUGGUGCUCGUCGAUGAACUCGACGCUAGUAUGUGUGCAUGUAUGUGUGAGUUGGUCGUGUGCCCCUCGCGCGAGCGAACGGUCUGCCUGUCUAUCUGUCGUGUGAGUGUGGCCUAGCAGCGGGGUGUUGGCGGAGUGCGGCGGGCAGCCAUUUCUACUGCUGCUGGCAUUGCGGAGUCCGUGGAACGACACGAACUCUGCUUGAAGUGAGAGCAAUGGUGGUACUGCAGCCUGAGGGUUACCCCGUUGAGGUUUUGUCGAGUUGAGCUUGCUUCCUGCCCUAGAUCCACUGUAAGCCGAAUCGACGAAGGGCUAGACGAAAUAGUAUAUUGAGUGAUGACUAAGCCAGAUUCCUGUUUAUCAGUAAGCAAUAUAGUCACUGUAGAACAGAAAACAAGCAACUACUACGUAAUACGUAUCAGUGAUGUGUGAGGGUAGCCCAAACAGGGCUGCUGUUGCAGCACAGGUGCAGACGAGAUAGAGUAUGCGGUCAGACGCGGAUUAGCUUCACGCGACAGUAGUGCAGGAAUCACCGAUGCAAACAGCUUGCUCGCGACAACACGGAGGAAACAAUAGUGGUCCUGAGGUGCAGUUCUUUUCUAAGCCAGUGCUUCGAUGGUGAAGGUGGCGCCGGAGGAGAAACAGUGGCAGCAACGUUAACGUUUACGCGACGUUAGGGCGAAGGAGUAAGGCCAAAUCAACCACCCUUCUCCUUCUGUCGAGUCUAGCUGCUGCCGACCAUCGAAUCGACGAAGCGUGGGCCGCCUUGCUGACUAGCUGGUCGACGGUGAAGGCUUUCAUCGUCAUUAUCACCUUCAGUGAUCUAAGUAACAAUAGCAUCGCAGGAGGCGGCGGCGGUGGCAGCGAUAAGGCUGGUGGUGGUAGUUGUUUUGUAGGUCCUAGCGGUGUCCUUCGUGGCAGUGAAGAAGCCUUUCGCGGUCAGUAGUUAAAGGAUUACGAGCGAACGUUGAACGCUCGACGAUCGGUGAUAGCGGCGGUUGCGAGUGGGUGGUCGCGGGUGGUUGCGGGAGAAGUGAUGUGCUGCAGGGCCCGGGCGGCCAGGCCCCCCUUGCAGCCGAGCGGCCAGGCCCCCCACGGUGGCCGUGGCGGGUGGCGCAUCAGACACCAGCACAACAAUAACAGGUCUAAAAGUACGUAUAGUGCUGUAGGUUCGGCCAGGAUCUACGACCAUCUUUGGGAGAGCUUUGCAUUUAUCGCAACUCCCGCCACUGCUGUCUCUGCUGCUGCUGCUGCUCGGUGAGCGAUAUGAUGCUCCCGAGUUGCCGCUUCAACUACUCCAACAACAACAAUAACAACAAAAACACCAAUCGCUACUGCCGCCGCCGCCUCCACGAUAAUUGUAGCCACGAUAGCUGCUGACGCUGAUAUUCUUUGCUUGCUGACAGCAGCAGCGGCGGCCGCAGCAGCAGAAGCAGAAGUAGUAACACUGCGGUGGGGGCCGGGCCAAGUACAGGCCCUUAGAGCAGCCGCCCUGAGUCGUCGCCCCCUGCCACCUUGGCCGUUUUGGCCGGUUCGGCCGCCUUGGCCAACGUGGGCGACAGUGUCUGCCGACCAUUGGGACGGCAGGUCGGGCCUAAUGCGCUCAGGGGCCCGCCACGGCCUCCCGCGGCCACCCGCCACCCCAAGCCGAGCAACCAACUGGAACGCACUACACAACAACAACAGCAGAUACUAUUAUUACUACUUUUACGAUACGAAGAUAACGCAAACAACGAGCAGAGCGACGUUACCCUUGUCAACAGCAGCAUUAUCGAAAGCAGUACGAAGCAGUAUACAAAAUUUUUACUUUAAGGCAGCAGGCUAUGGUUAUGCAAGCGACGGGCCUACGCCGAAGCAAAAGCCUACAGUAAGCUAGAAAGAAAAAAAAAAGAAGCAUAUAGCAUAAAGCGACUUUGCGAGCGUCAUUACCGUACGCGGACCUUGCCGUAUCGUAAGAAAAAGAAUAGCCAAAGGAAAAUGCGAUAGGCGACGACCGCGAUCAUCCAUAAGUAGCUGGUAGUGACAAUUCAGCAGCGUCAGUAGCAAACGAAUGGGCGACGUGUCGGAAAGCCAAGGAGCAUAUGAUAAAUAUUCAGAUACAGGCAGUUAUCGUAGAAACACCAAAUAAGCAGAGCAGCACGCACUUGAAGAAAUAAACUCGACCGAAAGAAGCGAGAAUAACCCAAGGCAUCACACCAGAAAAGGAACAAUACACACACUGGCCCAGCCACAGAGUAAGAGAAACAAAUACGAGUACACUUCUCACUUUUCAUAAGGGCUCGAGAGAAAGGCCAUGAGCUAUCGUAACAUUAAAUUAUCAUUAUCGUUGAAUAACGGAUCAAAUAGACGACAGUUUAAGCAGGAAGAGUAACAGGAAUCAUAAUAAGAAGGUGAAUAAUACCAGUAAAAGUAAGGAAGAGAGAAACGUGCACAGACUCGUGUGCGGAAUAGGUUUAAAUCAAAACAAGCACAGCUACCGUCCAACUUACGUGUGGAUUAUCUUGACGCGGACCUCCCUCAUACGAAUAACUACUACAGCAGAAAUAAGCAACCAGUGAACCAUGGGAAAUGAGGAGAGUCAGCCUGGACAAGAAGGGGCACCGGGAGGUGCUCCUGGUGCAGGAGGUGGUGGCGCACCCGGAAUGGGAGCUAUGGGGGGUCCUCGGCCGGCUGGCGGAGGUGGCCCCCUGGGCGGCAUGAUGGGUGGUAUGCCACGGAUGCCGUCUAUGCCAACCAUACCUGGCAUGGGUAGCUUGCGUCCACAAGGCCCGGGUCCAGGCGGCGGAAGCGGCGGCAUGGGCAGCUUGUUAGGUUUCGGUGGUGGAAGCAACACUACCACGACCACCACGACGGCGACCACGAAUAGCCAGGCGCCGCCUGGUUCGAAUCAAACGCCGGCACAACCAGGUGGCCAAACAGCGCCAGCUGCACCGGGAGCCGCAGGUCCCCGUUUUCCAGCCACUAGGCCCGCAGGCCAAGGACCAGGACCUCCCGGUAUGGUAAGUGGUGCACUACCGAGCGGUGCACCGACCAGCGCCACUGUGGGUGGUGCUGCCCCAUCAGCGGUGCCCGACUUAGACAUGAGUGAUCUAUCGGCAGAGGAGAGAGCAAAAAUACUUUCUGUAAUGGCCCGUGCUCAAGAGGACGGCGAUGCUAGCAAAAUGAUGCCCACGCAGACCACGCCGCAACAGCAGAAACAACAACAGGCGGCAGCAGCUGCGCAACAGCAGCAAGUACAGCAGCAAGCAACCAUCCUUGAAGAUAUUGCAGCAGCAGCAAGGCCACAGCAGCGAUGUCCCAUUUGCAAAAAUACCGACCUGAACCUGGAAGCCGGUUGCCGCUGUGUCGACUGCGGCCGAGUGGCGUGUACUAGGUGCGGUACCGCCCUCCCACAACCCGAUGGAAAGAGACCUUGGGUUUGCAUUGAUUGCCACAAAAAAUUUCAGCCUACACGAACAGGUGACCUGCGAAGACAACCUACCCAGCCCGACGGGACGAUAGCCAAUUCGAAUAUCACUAAUGUGGCCAAUCAAACAAUCCCGGGCCAGUCAUUCCAUGAUCCCAAUAGUAACAUGCUAAAUCAGCUGAAUAAUCCACUAGCGGCCAACCAAGUGACCCAGCAAAAUAGUCAAAUAAAUCCGUCAUUAGGAGGAAAUCAGCAACCUGGCUUCCCAGGGUCGAACACUGGAGUAAACCAGGUAAAGAAUCCCGCUAACCAGAUGCGACCCACAAAUCAGAUGAUGAUGGUGAUGAAUCAGAAUCAACCAGGAAUGAACAUGGGUGGCCAGAUGGGGGCGACCAAUGUAAACAAUCCCAUGGUGAAUAAUCAACUGUUCAACCAGCAACAAGCAAACAACAUGGGUGGAUUGAAUCAGCAACAACUAGGUGCCGCGACGACUCAGCAGCAAAGUACAGCGUCUUCAAUUUUGGGAGGCCUUCUUGGAGGAGGUGGAAAUAACCAGAACGCUAAUCAGACGGGUGGUGGAACAACAUCAACCGGAAGUUCGCUCCUCGGAAGUCUUACCGGGGGACUUCUUGGAGGAAGCGCGCAGCAGCAACAACAACAACAACAACAGCAACAGCAACAGCAACAACAGCAACAAAUGAACAUGAUGAAUAAUCAACAAGGCUUUUCAGGCAUGAUGGGGCUGCAGCAGGGAUCCGGUAUGAUGAGCGGCCCUAUAAAUCAAGGGGGCAUAGCGUUGGCAGGACCCAACGCAAUGCUGGGCCCUAACGGCCAACCGCUCGUCGGGCCAAACGGCCAACCCGUAUUGGGACCAAAUGGUCAGCCUCUUCAGCAACAGGGUGGCAUGCAAACGUUGUUAGGGCCUAACGGACAACCCAUGCUCGGUCCCAUACAGCCAGGACAACAAAUGGGGCAACUCGGUGCGCAAAUACAACAGCCGUUUGGAAACAUGCAGCAGUCUGGCAUGAAUAAUCCAGCUUUAGGACAGCAGUCGUACGGGUAUGGUCCUAUGGGCCCAGGAAUGAAUGCCCCGGUUACGGGAGCAAUGGGCCAAGGACCAAUACCUUCAACGAACGACCCUUAUGAUCCGUAUGGCAAGAGGCCUGAGAAUCAGUUAGCGGUACAGCAGCAGCGGCAGGGAAAUUCUACUGGCGUUAAUGUGGAUGGAGCAAACUGGCAGCAGCAGCAGCAGCAAAAUACUCAAAACUGGCAAAGGACAAAUGACCAGGAUGAUAUGGCUCCGAUGAUGGGCACAGGCCAGCGGGGCAAACAGAUAAACCAGGGAGCACGUCAGCAAGGUCAGCCGCCACCGCAGCAGGACACUCGCGAGCAGAGGCCUAAAAACCUCGCGGCUCCCCGUUCCCAGAGGACUCUACCAGCACAGGUAACCUCAACUUUCUCCAGUGCCGCCCCUUCGGCAGCCUCCAUAGAGUUCGCUACUAGCUCGACGUUAGCCAACGUUUCAACUGCCACACCCAACGCUACUUCGGUUGUUCAGUCUUCUGCGAACGGUUCUCGGGCGGAAAGCUUACCAACGACCACUAACACUUUCGGCCCGGUUGCUCACACGGUCACGGUAUCAGCGACCUCUACUCCACUUUCAUCUGUUCUGGAAGAGCCACACGCCACUUCGGAUAUAGGAUUGGUUCAGCAUACGGAGUCGAGUAGCCAAGGCACCCUUCCAGAGCUAACCGAAAAGCCUUCAGCACCGUUCAAUGCGUUUGCAGGGCUCUCUUCGCAAACUCAAGCCAUCCUAGAUAAGCUAAAAAACACGCCACCGACGACCACCAAUGGUGCGUUGUCCUUGCAAAAAGGGCUGUAUCCCUCUUCAGGUUAUAAUCGCUCCAUUGCCAGUUCAACAGACUCCACCGCAAAACGCUCGUCAGGACUUAACCAUGCCUUACAACACCACAUGAAAGUAGAUGAUUUAGCUCGCUACGAGCGACAGGAUCACAGGGACCGAUACCGACCUUCAUCCCAGAGCAAUGUACCCGUAUCGUUUGCUGCCGCCACUUCUUCUAGUUUCCAAACGGACUCAGUUGCCGGAAGUGUUGUAGGACUCCCCGGCAUGAACAACACGUUGUCCAGGACAAGCUCGCCGAGAAUGCCCGCGUGCCAGGGCUAUCAGAACUCAGCACAUGCGUCACAAGAUGUCGUUUCCAGAGAUAGACCGAAUAGUCCUUGGAAUUCGAUACGGGAUCAAGACCACGACACUGAAUACGCGCAUCGUAAUCCGGCUAUUUCCGCCUCCGAGGACAAGCUUUAUCCAGCUAAAGAUGAUCGCAACCGCUACAGUCAAAUUACAUCAUUAGUCGCCCAUAAAAAUGCAAAAGUAGAUGGUGGAGCGAUAUAUGAACAAGGUUCGGGCCAGAGCCAGUAUUCGGGCGAAGUGCAGAAGCAACUGCCACAGCAGCCCGGUACCCAGACGGAUCUCGCAAGUCAAGUUCAGCCUGUCCACAUGCACAUGGGCCCACAAAAACAGCACCAGAUCAAUGAUCAGCGCAAGCUCGAUAGAGAUAGACUUGACAGCAACUGGGGGGAUCUGUCUCCAAUUCAGGACAUGUCCCCGGCGUACGAGGACGCCACCAGUUCCGCCCAUGGCAACGGCUAUGCUGCUGUUGCCGUUGGCGGCAGUGGUCAGUUCGGCAUGCGUUCCUCUUUACCCAGGGCCCAAAGCGGUACAAUAUCAGACAUGUUAACGGAAUUCGACCGUGGUGUCGCUUCCGGUUUAACAACGGAUAUAUACGGCAACCACAUCGAUCAGUCGAGCUCACAGCCAAAGCUUCCUUUCUCAACUACUGCAACUACUGUACAUGUCGUGCAGCAAAACACAGUGGUCGUCGGUAGUGAACAACAACACCAGCUGCAGCAUCAGCUCCAACAACAACAGCAGCUGCAAGGAUCAACUGUUGCCCUGAGUAAGACAAGUCCAACCAGGCGUACCCAUCGGCGGCUUCCGCAGCAGCCGCCAGAGUCUCAAGCGGUUGCAGCCAAGCUUCCUAGUUCAGUAUCGAACUGCUCGAUGCAAUCACUAGUUGUUUUAUCCGACGGUAAAUCCGUUGUGAGUUCUGCACCGAGAAUGCUGGGUACGCCAUCAAACAUAGCUUUGACUUCGUCUACAGUGGGUACCGCGGCAACAUCAGCGGUCGCUAAAUACACGGCCCCAGCGGCCAGCCUGGUUUGUGGAGUCCAAAGAUGUAGCGCUACCCCAGUUCAGAUUCUUCAGUCGCACCAAUGUACCGGCCUAGUACAGAUACCCCAGGUACAAGUCACUUCCGAGCCAACUUUGGGUCAUCAUCAAGUGGCCCAGUUGCAUAGCUGCCCACAGCACGGAUAUCAGACGGCAUCGCCGAUAGUCCCGGCGCUCACUUCCGUUCAGACUGUAGCGACGCCAUGCUGUCAUCAUCACACAGUCGCUGCGACUCCGGUCGCCCAAGUUGUUCAGCUCGUCCAGCCGCACAGUGGCGCGCACCCAACUAAUCCCGCAGCGGCAACAGCAACAGCGUCUGGAUCGCAAGAGCAGCAUCAACAUCAACCAGCAUCCCAUCAUCAGCCCGCGAUCCAGCAAGGGCAGGCUACGACGACCCCAAUAGCAAUGGCGACUCCGCAGUCACAGCAACAUGCCUGCCAGACGACCGCUAUCAGUUCGAGCUCCAAGACCCCCAUCACUCCUCAGACCCCGGGAAGCACCCAGGGGGGUGACUCUUCAGAUACGAUGAGCGAAGCCGAUUCGACCAGGUCGGGUGGCAAAGUUCGUCGAAGACUCCCGCCCGUUCCUCCGGAUCAGCAGGAUUCUGCGGUGAUUGCAGGGAUGCGACGCGGUAGGGAUCGCUCGCGAGGUGCCCUGUCGGCGGGCGGCGAGCGUCGGCGCGGCCCCCUUUUGCCUCGCGCCGCCUCCGUUGAUGGCAGUGGUCUCCCCAUCACCAAGACCUCCGCCGGUUCCGGCUCGCACAACGCCACAGAUCCUCUACUACUGUCAGCUACAUCUGGCCUCGACGGAACGAUAGCCAGGCCUAUGUCGGCCACGGCCUCCUGCCUGUACGGAUCCGCCGUGUCCCCCGGUGGAGCGCCAGGCAAGGGUCUUCCUUCGUAUAUGACGUCCCUCAAGGAGCAACUCCGAGAAGAACUGAAGAGCGUCACAAGUGAACGGAAGCGAAUGCUUGAACAUAACACCAGCCGGGAUCACAGCACGCGCCGCUCAGAGAAUGAUCUUGCGUCUCUCCUAGCAACAUGGAAGCCUCUACAGGGCGAAGCCGAUGAUCCACUUUUGACUUCUCAACAUCGACGCCAGCUCUCGGAUUCAAGACUGGCAGCAACGAUCGAGAGUGCCCUUGAACCCUCGAAAAAAGCCGAACUGGCGGCGCUUGAAGCUAAGCGGGCAGCUUUAGCUGCCCGUACGGCAAAGACGAUGCCAGUGAGUAGAUCGCGGACGCCAAUGGGACCACUGGGGGCCACCGGCCACCACCGGCUCCCAUCAUUUAAAUCGUACGAGUACGAAUACCUUGACGACCUGCACCGACCACUUCCAGGGUUAUACCGCGGCGGUCGUAGUGGCUCCAUGUCAGACCUUCGACUGGCAACCGCCGGUUACCGAAAUACGACGCAUCCAACUGCGACGGCGCAAGGACUCGAUUCUGACCUAACCGGCCCGGCUAUUCGAUCCGGGUUCGGUCCGUCGAUUCCGCUCCGCCAGUAUUCCAUGCUCGACAUGGAUGCCAUUGAUCCCCUGGGACGGGGGAGAGCGUAUGAUCCGCUGAUCGGGCCUAUAGGCACAAUGUCGCAACACCACCAUAUGCUACCCUUGCGGGCCCGGUCGGCGCUUGGCCGUCCCACAAGGACCCCACAGCCUCUAUUGGCAGGCGGCCAAGCGAGGAGUCGAUCGAAGCCGAGAUCGUGGCACCCGUCGCCCUAUGUGUCCGAAGACGAGGAAGAUCCUGCCAGAGAAGAGCGCAAGGCAAAGAUUAAGGCGGAAAUCGCACGAAGGCGACAGCAGAUUGAAGGUAACGUAAGACUGCAGGACGAGUUAUGGAAACUACAUCGACUGCAACAGGCCCAAACUUUCGGCCAAGCUCAGCAAGUGCCGGGCUACCGAGACGGUGUGGCGGCAGACCCAAGCUUAUACGGUACGGGUGCAUUAGGUCACCCCACAGGGGGACUGCACCACCCAACAUUGAGCGCUGCGAUGGGCGCAAUGGGUGGUUUUGGCAAUCGUGUGCAACAACGGAGCGUGUUGAACGCUAUAGACGAUUAUUUGCAGAGGGAUCUGCGUACGCAGACGGGACAGCAGCACUUUAUGACAUCGCAGAGACCAUCCACAGCCUACGGUUACGCCACACAGCAAUACGAUCCAUUAGCACGCGGCCAGAAAAGUCUUACUAUGGAAGGGCCACUUGGCGGUGUUCAGAGACCUCUAGGGCAACCUAUUUCGACAUCAGGCUAUGGAGCUGUGAGAACAGCUGCCGGCAUCCAUCAGCCCGGUUACUACAAGGACGACCUUUAUGCAACGAUACCUCAGCGCAACGGAGCGAUCGGGCCCUCUUCGCGGCCUCCGCUCUUUCGCGGUCGUAGCCUGGGGGACGAAUACCCCGCGACCGGCGGAUACCCCGAGACCCUCGGCCCGGCUGGAAUCAGCCAUGGCCAGCCCGAUCCUGGCUAUUCAAUGGAUAUGUAUGACGAUCGGAUGGCGAUGGCGGGUCGGCGUCACCGAGACGUGGUUUCGACAUCCGUUCCGUACGUUGAGCCGUUGAUGAUGUCAGCCGAUUUCUCGCCGUUCACGACGGAUCCUGAGAUGACGCCCUCCGACUCGAUGGCCACACCAGCCAUGCCGUUACUUCCCGACAUGCCCACCAGAUCGAGAGGAGUGCUUGAAAACCUUGGCAGCGUGCCACUGUCAAGUCAACGUCAUAUGCGCUUUUCGGGAGCCACGGGUUCGUUUGGGGGGCCCAGAGACCAGCCGCUUGGCAACAACCCCCUGCCAUAUCGGACCUCUUUGCAAGGAGCAGCACCGCUCCCACUCCGGCCACUACAGCCAGCAGUGCCCGGUAUCAACCAGCUUUUGCAACAACAACAGGAACUUCGACAGCGUACCCAGCAAAGCAAGUUGCCAAGUCGUGCCUACCUCCAGCCAGGGCCCGGCUACAGCGCGGCCUCAUUCAGCGGCCCUCAACGAUAUUCCCAGACCCAUCCGGGAGGAUCUUCAGCAGUACCAACCCACUUUACAACAGCAGCUGCAACGCCGGCCAACCUUCUCGCUACACACCAAAUACCCCUUUCAGAUAAAGCGAAUUUUGCUCACACGGGACCAUCCCAGAGACCACUCGGUACCGCCCAAUGGGGAGACCGUGGCCAGCGGUUUUGGUGUUGAGGUGAUUGGCGGACGUUAUUGCGAAGACGCCCUUGGAGGUCUGGGAGCGUUCGUCACUCAGGUGGCGAAUGAAAAUUUAACCAAGGGAGAAGUG